AAGCUCCGCAUCAGCAGAGGCGCGCGGGAAAAUCGCCCGCUCAGCAGACUCGCUAAAGCUUCCAUUGUUGCCGCCAAAAGCCACUGCCACUAUAAAUUGUCCGGUCCAACUUUGGCCUCUCACUGUCUGACGUGUGGCCAGUUUGGACGCAAUCCAGAGGAGAAAUGUCGCAGUAUUCUGGAAAGAUCUGUUUUUAUGAGGGCCGCUGCUUCACCGGCCGCUGUCUGGAGGUGUAUGGAGACUGCGAUAACUUCCAGGACCGUGGCUUCAUGAACCGCGUCAACUCCAUCCGUGUGGAGAGCGGAGCCUGGAUCUGCUACGACCACCCCGACUUCAAGGGCCAGCAGUACAUCCUGGAGCGCGGAGAGUACCCCGAAUUCCAGCGCUGGAACUCCCACAAUGACCACAUGGGCUCCUGCAGACCCAUCCGCAUGCACGGUGAGCAGUACCGUAUGGAGCUGUUUGAGGGCUGUAAUUACACCGGUCAGUGUAUGGAGCUGUGCGACGACUGUCCAUUCCUGCAGAGCCGCGGAUUCAACACAAACUGCGUCAACUCUGUGCGCGUCUUCGGAGACGGAGCCUGGGUGAUGUAUGAGGAGCCAAACUUCCGCGGCCGCAUGUAUAUUGUGGAGAGAGGAAACUAUUGCGGCCAUAACGAAUGGCAGGCGCAGAAUCCCCACAUCCAGUCCAUCCGCAGGAUCGUCAACUACUUCUAAACCCUCCGCACAAUCCUCUCUGACUCUCCAUAUGUAAAAUAAACUCUCAGCA